CGUCAGUAUCACAACUAAUAGGUAUCAGAACAUAUUGAAAGUUGCAACGCUACCAGAAGGUUUGGUGGGUACAUCACAACGCGUACAUGCCGUUCUUAUAAAUUCAACAAUCGAGAGCAUACACGGUCAUUAAUCACUACUUCCGAGAAGAAAAAAACUUGAUCGAUGGUUGCCAACACGAUAAGUCACACACUGUUAAAUCAGCACAUAUACUUCCAGUAGUUUCAGAGAUAUUAUUAGUUUGUUUCUCACAAUGUCACAGAAAGGCACACGAGCUCAAGGGCUCAUAAAUGUAUUAAGUCUUGUUUUGCUGGUGUUCUCGACAGGGAUUGCAUUGACUGCCUUAUUCGGUGAUGAAUGGGAGUCGCUCAGGAUAGUUACCGCAUCGGGUGGUACUGAUUUAGCGCGUGGUUUAUGGAGUGUCUGCGAUAAAAAGACUAAUCUAUGCGUGCCGAUUGACGAAGGCGACGGAUACUGUGCCUUGCACCACACUGAGUUUCUUCGCACGCGCAGAAACGACAAGCGUAUAGUACGUCGAGAACCCGUUCGAUCAGUAGAAACAGUACAUAUAGUACCAGUAGUGUAUAGAGCAGCCAGCUCAAGUGCGAAUACGAAUCUGAAAGACGUGCACUCGACACGCGUUCAAGGCCCAGCCGUAGCAGGGGUAGAAAUAGGAAAGAAUGUGCUUCAGGGCCACUUGACAGGCGAUUCAGGUAGCACAACUGGAGAUAUAAACAUAUUUGAUCACGGCGACAAUACGAAAAUAACUACGGACGAUAAAGAAGACGAGUGUGUUAAACACAUCAAGAUCGUGAAGAUUUCGCGCGUAUUCCUGAUCUUGUCGGUAGUUCUGGGAACGGUGGCGUCCAUGCUUUCAGCCUACACACUCUCUUCCAGACAUACGCAGAUUCUUCGUGCCGCGAUGCUAGCUAAUACUCUGCAGAAUGUAUUUAUAUUGGUUACGAUGGUGGUUAUCUCACUGCAUACCAUAGCGGGACAUGGCACAACAUGGCAGUACGGCUAUGCUUUCUACAUCGGAUGGUUUGCCUGGGGUACUUCAUUGAUAGCUAUUCUGGUAAAUACUUUGAUAUUUCCCACCACUACCCCGGUAAGUCAGAACUGUACGAGCGCCGAUUGGUACGUACCUCUAACAUUAUUUGUAAAAUAACGACUUCGAAAAUCCGACACACGGUCAUUUCGGAACAAAUACAGCUAUUUUUUUUGGAGACAAAGGAAAAAAUAAGUAAAUAUGAACAUGUCCACUGUAUGAGGACUAAAAACUGAUUGUUCUUUUAAAAUUUUCAAUGAAC